AUGUUGCGUUCCUGUUCAACCUUAUCAAAUGACUCCAGAACUGUUAUGACAUCACUGCAACUUUAUAAAUACUUGCUACGCCAGUGUGAAAAGUUACCUCCUGAUGCUUGUAAACAUUAUAAGUUUGCAGUCAAACAGAGUUAUAAGCAACAUAGAGUUGAACCAGACCCAGUAAGAGUCAAAGAAAUAAUUCAUAAAAGUAUUGAGGAUGCAAAGUGGAUUGUGAGCAAGGUAGUUAAAUAUUGUAGCAGUUUCCAUUUUUCUUCUAUAUAUUAUAUGUUUACUGUUUGUCUUGCUAAAACUCGAGAACUGCUGGGCUAA